AUGAGUGCGGCUUUGGACGAAAGUGCAGCAAAGCGGAGGAAGGUGCGGAAAGGAACUCACUGUUGCCGAGAGUGCCGUCGAAGAAAAGUCAAAUGCACUUUUGCUGCCCCGGACGAUGAUAGCUGUAUCUCAUGCGGCCGCCGGGGCACCAAUUGUGUCAGUCAAUUUGCUCUGCAAUCGCCAGACCUGGUCCUAACCCCGGGCCUAUCACCACACUCCGAUCACGCGAGAACUGCCACACAGACUACAAGACAUUCAAAGAUUACCCAAGCUCUUCUGCGUGCGCUUCCCUCUUCAAGAGAGGUCGAGAUUCUGCUAGGAAAGGUCUCGAGACUUUCCACUUUGUGCUAUCAGUCCGGCUUCAAAUUAAAAAGCUCGUCGCUCCAAAACCUGCCACUGGAACAAAUUGUAAUUCCCAGCUUACAACACCCAGAAGCCCAUCCGGUCUUGCUAGCAAGGCAAAUGCUACUUCUAGCAGCAGCAUUGCAGCAUAUUUCUCCCACUGAGGUUAUCUCGGGUCUUGAUCAACAUCACCAUGUCAUCAUGGAGGAACUCGCGGAGUCGGCCAUUGCCAUGGUUACUACUAAUGACCGCUUGAUGGGUACAUUGGAAGGUCUGGAAAACAUCAUUCUAGAGGGAUUCUUUCAUAUAGACAGCGGAAACAUUCGGCGUGCCUGGUUAGCAAUCCGUCGUGCUGCCAACACGGCGCAACUCUUGGGGUUGCAUCAACCCGGUCAUUAUCGCUUCAAGAAGACCAACGACAAGAACGACCUCGACCCCAAUGUCAUGUGGAUUUGUAUCAUCUCCGUGGAGCGUGUCUUGUCCUUGCUGUUGGGCCUACCCACGAGUACUGUCGGGACAAGCCCCACAACGUCAGGAAGCAAGAAUUCUUCGCAGACGAGUGGCAAUCUGUCAUCACUAAUCAUGCAGAUCACAGUCAGGAUUCUGGAACGAAAUCAGGUCAGAGUCCCCCAACAGGCUCAGGGAAUGACGCGGGACAUCGAUCGAGAACUCAUUAGGAUGACCGAGCAAUUGCCCUCCUCGUUCUGGCAGCCACUUGCUUUCGCAGGUCUAGAAGUCGAUUCAGUGGAGGCAUUUUGCGAAACCCGGCGAGCAUGGGACCACAUGUGUUACUAUACCGUGGUCAACCAACUUCAUUUACCGUACAUGUUGUGCCAGAGCCAAACCGCCGAUGUGGUUUACUCGGGAAUCGCGUGUGCGAAUGCUAGCCGCGAGAUAUUGACUCGCGAGAUAGCAAUCCGUACCCUCAACCCAAUAACCGCCUGUUGUCGGAUAGGCGACUUCAUGGCGCUGAUUGCUGGAAUGACUUUGAUCCUCGCACACCUCGCAAGUCAUGGCCAGACGGAGGUCAAUAGGCUGCUCGCACACCAGCGAUCGAGCGAUAGGGCCACCGUGGAGCGGGCUCUAGAAUGCAUGCAGUCCAUGUCAGAGUUACACGAGGAUGUCCUCGCCGCAGAAUGUGCUGCUUUGCUGAAGGAUCUGUUGUUCAUUGAAGCCAGGGCAGCACGAGGAUACAAGACCGACGCAGGCGAGACACAAGUGCCAUAUCUCGGUGCGAUCAGAAUUGCACCUGAAGGCAUCACAUCUGUGCCAUAUUCCAAAACAGGGCAAGAUCAAGGCCAUCACGCAGGAGUCACGAUUGGAGGCAUUGGGUCGAUUCAAAUUGAACCUUCCACGGUUCCUGGCCAAUCUUCAGUCAAUAGCACGUCAUAUGUCCCACCACAAGGAGCUAGAACACAGGCCCCAAGUGAUUCUUUGCCGCAACAACAUACUACGCAGCUUUUGCCCGGAAGAAUCCCCGAUGAGGUAACGGAGAAAGAUCACAUGUUCCCGGAUGCGGCCGCCAGCAUCGACGAUUGGGUCUUCCAAGGUUUUGAUACUGCCUUCUUUGACGUGCUUAUGCGCGGAGCAGAAGACGCGCAGUUCGAUGACGGCAGGAUCGAUUAG